CCUGGAGCGUUACCAAGGAAACGGCGUACGAGGCUUGGAGUCUGCAGAAGACAGCAGCAGCUAGCAGGCUAACUAGCCCGUUAGCUCACACUUGAAUCACCAGCAGCUGUUUAACACAGGAGGAGAUGUUUCAGUGUGGAAGUUCAGUCUCUCUGCAGACCUGCUGAGUCCACAGACAUCAGAGUCACGGUCUGGGACGUGAGACAGCUAGCAUGGCAGCAGUCGUGAGCGGCUAACGAGGCUAACUGCAGGUAGAGAUAAGAUUAGCUUACAGUCCCUGUAUCUGACUUCUCUUAAAAUCAUCCCAGAACUGAUCCAGAUGAUGGAGCCCGUUAGACCCGGGCCAAGCCAGCUGCAGGGAUAGUCUCCAGCCGGGAUGGAUGUGAGGUAACAGCUGGAUUUAGACGGUUUGACCUGGGUCUGUGGUUCUCAGGACGGGGGCUGGGUGAGGAGGGAAGCCAGAUUAAACAGCAGGAGCAGCAGGAUCCUGGUCCACCCGGGCCGGGGUACGGCACAGCUCGACGCUGCCGCUCGGGCCCGGUCUCAGGGGUGAGAUGCAGGGAACCGGAGGGCCGAUCAGCAUCCCGAGUCCAGAUCACCCGAGCUAACAAGGAUGGAUGUGUGCAGUAAGAACCCGAACCGCACGGCGCCGGUCGGUGAGGACGACUCGAGCAGAGCCGAUGUGCCUCUCUGCUCCCGGACCAACGGCUGGAGCUGGCCACCGCACCCCUUCCAGCUGCUGGCCUGGCUGCUGUACGUCUACUUUGCUGUCACGGGGUUUGGUGUGUUCGUCCCCUUGCUGCCUGGACACUGGAUCCCUGCAGGCUACAUCUGCACGGGCAUCAUAUUCGUCUGUCACCUGUGUGUCCACGUCAUGGCCGUGUCCAUCGACCCCGCCGACUUCAACGUCAGAACAAAGAGCGACAAAGGUCCGGUCCCCGUGUUCGACCGCUCUAAGCACGCUCACGUCAUCGAGAACUGCCACUGCUACCUCUGCCAGGUCGAUGUGGGUCCUAAGUCGAAGCACUGCAGUGCCUGUAACAAGUGUGUUGCCAACUUUGACCACCACUGUCGGUGGCUCAACAACUGUGUCGGAAGCAGAAACUACAAGUUGUUCCUCCACAGCGUGGUCUCAGCUCUAUUAGGGAUCUGUCUGGUUCUUGUUGUUGCCUCUUAUGUCUUGAUUGAGUUCUUUCUGGAUCCUUCCAAACUCCGCACUGACAAACACUUCCUGGUGAGGAAUGAGACGGGUGUGUGGUUUGUGUUCCUGCCCGUGGCUCCCAUCAGGUCCACAGCAGCUGUGAUUCCCGGUCUGGCCGCCGUCACCAUCGCUCUGGGUCUGCUGUCUUCCGUGCUGCUCUGUCACCUGCUCUGCUUCCACAUCUACCUGAUGUGGAACAGACUCAGCACCUACGAGUACAUCGUGCGGCAGCGUCACCGUCAGGACGGCAGAGACUUGAGGAAACCAGGAUCAGUGAAGGAGGCGGCAGCUCCAUCAGUAAAUGUCAUCAAGGAUGUGAACUACACAGGGACUCUGGGUUACACCAACCCACAGCUGGACAUGGAGGAACCUACCACUGUGGCCGUGCGGGGGGAGCCAGAAUUCCUUGCUAACGGCAGAGUAAGGACCGUGUCCAGUCCCGUCAUGGAGGAAGAACUUCUGCCCAACAUGUCUACAGAACUUAAAGCAGCAGCACACACACACCGACGCACACAGAAAAAGAAGAAGAAAGUUCGCAAAGUUCCAGCAGAGGUCACCAGAGAGCGCUGCCCGAGUACAGCCCCGCCCCCCGCAGAACCCAACAGUCUGUCUGCUGUGUCCCUGGGUCAGCGACUUCCUUUCCCAGCAUUCCCUCUGAGGGCCUCCCUGCCCCCCCUGGCUCCAUCCUCGGGCCCCGUCCUGGCUGCUGCCCCUCCUGCAGAGUACCACUCAGACUCUGCAGAGUCCCUGGAGGAGAUCCCAGUUGCCUUGGCCAAACUGGGCUCCUCAUCCUCUGCAGCUGCUGCUGCUGGUGGAGACGCGUCCACGUCUUCACACAGAGCGAUCUCAUCUUUCCCCCUGCCCUCCCCCCAGCCCAGGACUAAGAGGAGGGCCCCUGCCUCCCGCACAAAUAAGAACACGGCGGAGCUGAGGUUUGAGAUGGCCUCCACUCAGCCUCCAACGGUUUUUGUUAGCCGGGCAAGUGGAGAUACCUCUAGAACCCGGGAGGAAGGCCUCAGUCUGGGCAGGAGGCAGAUCAUGUCCAGGCCCGGGUCCAGACCGGCCUCUCGGACCUCGCUCUCCUCCUGGAUGGAGCUGUAACCACAGCAGCCUCUUUUAUUAACUUAUUUCACUCUUUGUCUUUUACAAUCACCGGCGCUCUGCAGCCUCGCACAAAUAUCUGUGUCUGUUUUCGUUUUGUAUGUUUUGUACCUCUGUCAUUAUUUAUUGUUUACAAUAACGUUGCUUUAAUUUUGAAUGCCAAAGGUGAGAUCCUGUUUGUGCACAAUCUUUAUAAAUGAAGGAACACUUUCA